AUGGUGUCUGAGAUCCAACCUCAUGCCGAGUUUCUAGCGUCAUGUCAAGAGAACAGAAGAAUUGCAAAGGACUAUGUUCAGUAUCGUUCUGCAUUGUCUCUAGAAGACCCCAAAGCGCGCUUUCCCGGGUUUCACCAGGGGCUUACCACCUUCAAUGCUGGACAGCAAGUGGAAAAGGGCGCGAAGCCCCUCACAGUUGAUAUCCUUAUGCAUGAAAGCAUGCCUAUGGUUCUUUCCGAUGGUACCAAGCUAUAUUACGAUAUAUUCUUCCCGGCUGGUUACGAGAACCUUGAAGUCGUUGACAAGAAUAAGAAGAUACCUGCAUUAGUUGCCUGGAGUCCUUAUGGGAAACAGAAGGGUGGAACGCUAUUGGAUGAUUUUCCGUUCCGUGCCGGUGUGCCCAAGCAUUGGCUGACAGGUCUACAAAAAUGGGAAGGACCUGAUCCUGGUUUCUGGUGUCCGGAAGGAUACGCCGUUGUAAAUGUCGACACACGUGGCGCUUACACCUCUGAAGGUAAUCUUGAGAUAAUGGGCCACCAGGAAGCUCAAGAUGGAGCCGAAUUCGUGACAUGGUUAUCUGAGCAAUCCUGGUGCAAUGGCAAAGUCGGGCUCACUGGCAACAGUUGGUUGGCCAUGUCGCAGUGGAAGAUCGGAAGUCUGCGACCUAAAGGCCUAGAAGCGCUCGCACCAUGGGAAGGAAUACAGGACUUGUAUCGUGACAACACAUGUCAAGGAGGAAUUCCUUCCGGUGGAUUCCAUAACUCAGUUGCUGAUACCCUCGCUAGCUACGCCAAGCUGGAGGACUUACCUGGGGUUCUGGUGAAGUAUCCGUUCUUCACCGAAUACUGGGAAGACAAGAGAGCCAAAUGCGAGCAAAUCAACGUUCCCACCUACGUGGCUGCCUCAUGGACGAACCCCGUCCAUACUCCGGGAACUAUGAGAGCUUACCGAUCCAUACCAGAAUCCGUGCCAAAGUGGCUUCGAGUGCACAACUCACAAGAAUGGUCAGAUUAUUAUGCCGAUUCCAGCUGCCGUGACUUGAAGCGAUUUUUCGAUUGCUUCCUGAAGGGGGAUGUCGAAAAUGGCUGGCUCGAAACGCCUAAGAUCCGACUCAGUAUUCUGAAUUUCGGCCUAGAUGGCUUGGAUGAUACCCUGAAUCGGGCAGAGACUACUUGGCCACUCGCUCGGACCAAGUACCAGAAGCUUUAUCUGACAACCGAUGGAAAAAUGAGCCUAUCACCUUCAAACCAGUCGGGCCAAGUCACAUAUGACUCUAAGAACGGAAAAACCACAUUUCGGUAUCUCAUACCUCAUGAUAUAGAGACUACAGGAUAUUUUGUUGCCCGCCUCGCAGUCUCUUGCCCAACAAGCGAUGAUAUGGACCUAUUCGCUCAGGUGUGCUGUCUUCGUGGACGCUCCGCAUAUAAGCAGGGCGUUCUCACUAUCAAACCUGACAAUCUGAUGGUGAUCAAACUGUUGAAAUUGUUGCAUAACUGGCAAAUUGGCCUUCAGAAUGUUGGUAUGUUGUUUCAUUGGGGACCAGCCGGUCAGCUCCGGGUCAGCCAUGCCCACCAGCUUAGUGAACAUGCAACCACCUUCGAGCCGCUUUAUGCCCAUAAAGAGCGCAUCCCAUUAACUAAAGGCGAGGUUCGAGUUGUGGAGAUUCCACUCCGUCCAUACGGAAUGUAUUGGAGGACUGCUGACUGCACUUUAGAAAAAUGA